GAACCAACUGGAUCAGAGAUGAAAGCACAGACAAAGUAUAGUAGAGUUAGAAAGACCUGGGCUUGAAUCCUUACUCCCACAUCAAUUGGCUGUGUGACUUUGGGUAUGUUGCUUAGCCUCUCUGAGUCUCAGUUUCCUCAUCUGUAAAAUGGGGAUGAUAAUAUUACCUGCUUCAUAAAGGCACUGUGAGUGUUCAGUGAGAAAAUAUAACUACCUAGCUCUGUCUGGCACAUAGUACAUCCUUGGUAAGUGCUAAAUAUAAUAAUUAUUGCUGGAUAGAGAAAGAAACAGGAAAUACAAAGAUAGAGAAGAAACCUUACUGUCCCACAGGGGGUUGCUCUCCACCUAGGAUAUGGCUGGGGCUGGAAAGGGUAAGAGUAAUUAUAGUAGUGAUAAUAAUAGUAAGAUGCACCAUUUAUUGGGCAUCUCACAUGAGACAGACCCUGUGGGAGGUGCUUUACAUUCAUUAUUGCAUGGGAUUCUCACAGCAGACCCACUGAAGAAACUGGCUCAGUGAAGACCACACAGAUGCCAGUACUGGACCUGAGAAUUCUGCCUGGGGCCGCCCUCCCCAAGGCCCACAGGCUGAGCACAGAGACCCAUAUCUGUUCCCCACUGGCAGCCACAUGCCACCCUUCUGCAGGCCAGGCUCCUCACUGGUCCUACACUGAGAUAUCCAACCCCACAUGGCCUGUGGCCACACUCCUGAUUGGCCCCUCUUGGGUGGAGUCAGAAAGGGUGGGCAGGAAGCAAGUCCAGGGGACCAUCUGAAGCUGCAGCUGAGACGUGGAUGGCAAGCAGCUGCCCCCUGCCCCAAGGAAGCCUGUGCCUUGGCCUGAAGUUGUGGGCACCCAGGGCAGUGUCACAGGAGGCUUCGAAGGCUCAUGAGCUUCCUGUGGGGCAGGGUGGUGGGAGACAGGGCAAAUUCGGGAGUGACCCAGGGUGGAGAGAUACAGAGACAGGAAACAAGUAUGUGGACUUGCAAACAGCAGCAGCGCAGGAGCUGGCCAGGAAAAGCCCUGCCUACAGAGGCAGCUGCUCCGCUGAGCAGCAGAGGCAGGAAGUGGGAUGGACUCACUGCAGAAGCAGGACCUCCGGAGGCCCAAGAUCCACAGGGCAGCCCGGGGGGCCCCGUAUCAGCCACCCACGUUGGCUUCACUGCAGCGCUUGCUAUGGGUCCGUCAAUCUGCCACACUGAACCACAUCAAUGAGGUCUGGCCCAGACUCUUCCUGGGAGAUGCGUAUGCAGCCCGGGACAAGAGCAAGCUGACCCAGCUGGGAAUCACCCACAUCGUGAAUGCCGCUGCAGGCAAAUUCCAGGUGGACACAGGUGCCAAGUUCUACCGCGGAAUGUCCCUGGAGUACUAUGGCAUCGAGGCGGAUGACAACCCCUUCUUCGACCUCAGUGUCUACUUUCUGCCUGUUGCUCGAUACAUCCGAGCUGCCCUCAGUCUUCCCCAAGGCCGUGUGCUGGUACACUGUGCCAUGGGGGUAAGCCGCUCUGCCACGCUUGUCCUGGCCUACCUCAUGAUCUACGAGAACAUGACGCUGGUAGAGGCUAUCCAGACGGUGCAGGCCCACCGCAAUAUCUGCCCUAACUCAGGCUUCCUCCGGCAGCUCCAGGUUCUGGACAACCGACUGGGGCAAGAGACGGGGCGGCUCUGACCUGGCAGGCGGCCAGGAUCCCUGACCCUCCAUCCAGCAUGGCCCGACCCCACCAGCCUGGCCCUGGGGACAGCAGCCUCUGCUGUUUCUAGUGACCCUGAGAUGUAAACAGCAAGUGGGGCUGAGGCAGAGGCAGGGAUAGCUGGGUGGUGACCCUUUAGCAGGUGAAUUUCCCUGACCCAAUCUAGAGAUUCUUUAUGCAAAAGUGAGUUCAGUCUGUCUCUAUAAUAAAAUGUUCAUCGUCAUAAAGACA